UUUCAGUAUGUCAGUAGCAGUACACCUUAUAUUGAUAUAAUUCUGCUUGCUGAUGAUGUUGGCUAUAUUAUUGAUGGUUUCAAUGUAUUUCCUAAUGAUCAGUUGAACUUUAUUCAAUGUAUUACUAACAUACCAGCUGGUAAUAACUUAACACUGUAUGCAUGUGAAUGGGCAACCAUAUGGAUCUGUAUAUCUAAUCCUCCUGCUGUAAUAACUGGUAUUAAUAUUACUAAUGACUUCACAUCUUCAGCUCUAAUGUCAUCAGUUCAUUUAUCAUCAGUAUCACUCACAUCAACAGUAUUGACUACUCCAUCAAUGAUGUCUGUACCAUUGAUAAUAUCUACUUCACCAGUAGUAACUAUUUCAUCAGUUUCAACUACUUCAUCAUCUAAUUCAAUUAUUUCAUCAAUGACGUCCUUACUAACAAAAAUCCCUACUUUAGUUGUACCAACUCCAUCAAUAAUAUCUGAAUUUGAAACAUAUCCUUCAUCAGUGCGAACUAUUUCAACUACUUCAACAGUACAACAAGUUACAAGUAGCUCCAUCAUAAGCAGUACUACAGAUACUCCUACCAUCAGUAGUUCUACUUCUAUUCCUACCACUAGAUUAACUAGUACAUUAGUGACAGGUACUUCAACUGUUAGACCCCCAUUAAUUCUAGUACCUUCUUCCCUAACUUCUUCAUCCAUUACUCUUUCACCCCUAUCUUCCUUAUCCCCAACUUCUUCAUUUUCAUCACUAUCUUCUUCAUCCAUUACUUUACAAACUUCUUCAUCCAUGUCUUCUUCAUCAUCAAUUAUUGGACUCGCUUCUGGGAUAUCAAUUCCACUGCUAAUUAUAAUAAUUGUUGUUAUAGUAAUUGUAGUGGUAGCAGCAACAGUUCGAUUUAAAAAGAGAAGAGGAAGAAUGAAAGUGAUUAAUGAUGUUACAUUACUGAAGAGGAAUGAAAAUAAUAAUCAAAGUUCACAAGAGCAAGAACUAUCAUCAGUUAAUCCACAGUAUGAGAAUGUACAUGCACCAGUUCCACAGUCAGAGGGAGACUAUGAACUACCAGUAAAAGAAUGUGCUGCUUAUGGUGUAGUAGAGAGUGCUGGAUUCCCACAGUAUGAGACUGUAACAUUAACAGUUCCUCAGUCGGAACUAUCAAUGGAAGAGUGUGCUGCUUAUG